AUGUAUGGCGUGAUAAUGAAGAUCACUUGGCUGCUAGCUGUCAUUGCAAACAGGUUAUUCCUAUAUCAGGCACAGCUAGUGUCAGAAAACGACUGCGCAACCGGCGUUCACGCCAUCAUUGCCAGGGGUCAAGGAGGGGGCGAUGAUCUUAACGUGAUGAAAACCCUAUCAGAUUUGAUACUACAGCAGAUCCCAGGAUCAACGACCCUCGGCCUACCUUACGAUCACGAGAAUGUUUUAACCGAUGCUGCUAAGCGAGAUACAGUCCAUGACGCGGCUGUCUUAAUGCAGGAGUUCGUGCAGGAAUACGCCGAGGCCUGUCCCGAUGUCAAAAUCGUGGUGGUAGGAUAUUCAAUGGGUGCAGUCGCUAUGAUGGAUGCCAUAUGCGGAACCAGCGAGGUCGGAUUCAUCUUUGUCCCUCCACUCCAGCCAAUUUACAGCAAAACCGUCAUAGCGGCAAUCGCUUAUGGAGAUGAGACGUAUAAUCCCGGGAUGCCAUGGAAUGUGGGAAACUGCACACUUGGUAUAGGGAAGGUCACCCCUCGCAUGAACUCGGCAUUGUGCAGCCCAUUCGGCGCAUCGAUUCAUAGCUAUUGUGACUACGGCGACAAUCAAUGUUGCUCGCCCUAUCCAGCUGACGGCAAUGUUGCACAUCACGGCUACGUUAAGAAAUAUAAUCAAGACGUGGUGGAUUUUAUCAAACAACGCCUUGUCACAGCAUAG